CAGCAACAUCUACGAAAAGAAAGAAAGAAAGCCUGCCCCACAACAGAAUCGUACCCGUAUUAUACUAACUUAUCAUUGAGACUACCCCUCUAUCUGAACGCAAGAUAAAACUAAAAAUUCAAUAAAAACACCACCAACCAACCGAUCGGACCAAGUUCCACACGGAAUUAAGAACCAAACACAAUGGUUCUCGCAGAAAGUAAGAACAAAGUCGGUCUCGGCCGUGCCCUAAUGAACUCCAGGAGCGGAAGCGCGCAUAAGACGAAUAAUAAGCAUCGAGGGAAUGGAGCUGGGAGAGGUGGGAGGGGAACGGGUUCGGGGCAGUCUGAGAUGCUAUAUACUACGGGGAAGCAUGAGGCGGAUUGGUAUAAGAUGCGGAGUAUUACACAGCAGAAUGAUCUUGAUGAGUUCUUAAAUACUGCUGAAUUGGCGGAUACGGAUUUCACGGCUGAAAAAAUGAGCAACAUGAAGAUCAUCCACAAAGGCCAGAUAAACCCCUACCUGCUGACAGCUGAUGAAGAAAAGGCCGCGAAAACCAAGCACCGACAAAACAAGCAGCAACUAACUGUUCCCCGUCGCCCAUAUUGGGACUCGGCAACUACACCCGCAGAAUUGGAACGCCGUGAGAAGGACUCCUUCCUGCGCUGGCGCCGAGGCCUCGCAGAGCUACAGGAGACAAAAGACCUACUCAUGACCCCUUUCGAGCGAAAUCUUGAGGUUUGGAGGCAGUUGUGGCGAGUCAUCGAGAGGAGUGACCUUGUCGUUCAGAUCGUCGAUGCUAGGAACCCGCUCAUGUUCCGCAGUGAGGAUCUAGAGAGGUAUGUCAAGGAGGUUGACGAGAGGAAGGGUAAUCUGCUGCUUGUGAAUAAGGCGGAUAUGAUGACUGCUGAGCAGAGGAGUGCGUGGGGGGAUUACUUUGAGAAGGAGGGAAUCAGUUAUCGGUUCUUUUCAGCCGCGUUGGCGAAGCAGAUCAAUGAGGAGUAUUACGGCGAGGACGAGGAAGAGAAAUCUGUCGAGAAGGUGGUAGUGGUGGAAGAGGAAAAGGAGGAGCCAAGGAUUAGAAUUCUUACUGUCGAUGAGCUCGAGGAGGUGUUUUUGGAGCAUGCAUCUACUGUUAAAGGUGAAGACCCGGAGAAACCUCGAAAGACCCAGAUCGGUCUUGUCGGAUACCCGAACGUUGGAAAGUCCUCUACUAUCAAUGCCCUUAUCGGUGCAAAGAAGGUGUCCGUCUCCUCAACUCCCGGAAAAACAAAACACUUCCAAACUCUCCACCUUAGCGAGAAGAUAGUCCUCUGCGAUUGCCCCGGUCUCGUCUUCCCCAACUUUGCCACCACGAAAGCAGAGCUCGUGUGCAACGGUGUCCUACCAAUCGACCAACUCCGUGAGUUCAGCGGCCCAACAACACUCGUGGCGCAACGGAUCCCCCAGCAAUUUCUCGAAUCCCUCUACGGCAUCAAGAUACAUACCCGUCCAUUCGAAGAAGGCGGCACCGGUAUCCCAACCGGGGAGGAACUCCUAAUGGCAUACGCUAGGGCUAGAGGCUUCUACAAAACCGGAGCUGGGAUCCCCGACGAGUCCCGGGCUGCGAGAUACAUUCUGAAAGAUUACGUGAACGGCAAGCUCCUCUUCUGCCAUCCACCCCCCGCAGGCUCUCCCAUCGAUCCACUCAAUUUCAACAAAGGCCUCUACGAUGGAGCGCAUCUUCCACGGAACAGGAGAACUGGGGCCCCCCUGGGCCAAGACAACGAUGAUGACCUCACAUCCGAGGACCUACCGGUUGUCGAGAUGGGAGAGAAGUCGCAUGAUCUUGAUAGGGAAUUCUUUGUCGAGGGACAGGGAAAUCUAGGUUAUGUGAAGACGCCAUUUCACCUGGGUGCUGGUGCUGCUGGAGCUCUACCCGGCGGGAAACAUCUAAGCGGGAGAAAGGCGAGGACCAUGAUCGCCUUGGAUAACAAUCUUAGUCCUGAGGAGGUGAGAAAGGCGAUGGGUGGGAAGAAGCAUUUUAAGGGCAGGAAAAAUAUAAAGUGA